CUGAAUACAUUCCAAGAUGGCGGCAAAGCAAACUACGAAAAACCUAAUCAACAACUUGGACACGGUUGUAGAGGAAGCUCUUGAAGGACUCGUAGCUGCAAACCCCGGACUUAACCUACUGAAAGGACAUCGCGUUGUUAUUCGUAAUGAUGUGGAGGAACUUCGCAAAGCUGGCCAAGUGACUCUCGUGUCUGGCGGUGGAAGUGGACACGAACCAGCUCACGGUGGAUUCGUUGGAAAAGGAAUGUUAACUGCGGCUGUAGCUGGUUCUAUCUUUACAUCUCCUCCAACUAAUUCUAUUCUUGCAGCUGUUAGAGCUGUUGGAAAGAACAAUAGUGGCGGGACAUUGAUAAUUGUUAAGAAUUAUACUGGCGAUCGAUUGAAUUUUGGCUUCGCGGCAGAGCAAGCCAAGGCUGAGGGGCUCAAAGUUGGAAUGAUCGUUGUUGGGGAAGACUGUGCGCUUUCCAGUAAGGAUAAAAGUGCAGGAAGACGAGGUCUAUGUGGAACUAUUUUUAUUCACAAGAUUGCAGGUGCCAUGGCAGAAGAAGGUAAAAGUCUUGAGGAGAUAUUGACGGUAGUCACUGCUGCAGCAAAUGCCAUGGGUACCAUGAGUGUCAGUUUAUUUCCAUGUACCAUACCUGGAUCUGGCCCUUCAUUUGUAUUGCCUGAUGAUGAAAUUGAAUUAGGAUUAGGAAUACACGGCGAACCAGGAGUUAAGAGAGCUAAGAUUGAGCCAGCUAAUGAAGUUGUCAAGGCCAUGAUUGAACACAUGACCAAUGUCCAGGAAAAUCCAGCAAAUAAGUURGCCUUGAAGGAAGGUGAUCAUGUUGCUCUUAUUGUCAACAAUCUUGGAGGGACGUCAUACCUUGAACUGAAYRUUGUUACCAAAGCAGCUAUAGAUUUCUUGGUGAAUUCAAGAGGAGUAAAUGUUGACAGAGUUUACUGUGSUGCAUUAAUGACGUCACUUGACAUGGCUGGUGUUUCACUGACUAUUCUUCAUCUCGAUGCAAACAGGAUCCAUUAUUUAGAUAGUGACAGCUCUGCACCAAGUUGGCCAAGAUCGUAUAAUUGUCUUCGUUGUGAUAAAGAACCUCUCAACUUCGACUUUUUAAAAGACCACGUCCAAGGCGAACAGAAACGCCCCACAGAAAAACUGAAUGUUGAAGGAAAGUUGGUCUUUAAGGCAAUCAGCGAAGUAGUAAAUGCCAUUGCAAAAGCAGAGGCAAAGCUAAACGAAYUGGACAACGCGGCGGGUGAUGGUGAUUGUGGGACAACUUUAAAACGCGGAGCCGAUGGUAUAAAGAAAGCACUUGGUUCAAUUGAAGCACCCGGUCUUCCCUGCAAUAACAUUGACAAGACACUGCUUGAUAUUGCCCAUGUGGUGGAAGAAAGCAUGGGUGGAUCUUCUGGAGCGUUCUACAGUUUAUUUCUCAUUGGUGUSUCGAGUGCACUUAAGAACGGUACCUCACCGCAGGACUGGUCAACAGGACUAGAGAUGGGCUUACAGUCAAUCAUGAGAUAUGGUGGAGCUGAGCCUGGGGAUAGGACAAUGAUCGAUUCUCUUCAUCCUGCAAGUGCAACACUGAAAGAACAAUUAUCAAAGGGUGUUACGAUCAAAGAGGCCUGUGAACUAGCCGUUAAGGCUGCUGAGAGUGGUGCCCAGUCUACUGCUCAGAUGCAAGCCAGGGCAGGUCGCGCUAGCUAUGUCAGCGCUGCACACUUGACAAUUCCCGAUGCWGGAGCYAUUGCCGUGGCAACUUGGUUGAGAGCUGCGYACACCGCCAUAUUUGAUAGCUAGAGAGUAUCAGGGAGUCUAUAGAAUGCAUGCAUGAUUUCGCAUACAUGGUAGGUUUUUCUUUUUUAAGAUAAUAGUCAUAUAUAUCAAGCAGAAAWGAAACUGAAAUGAAAACUAAACAAGCAAGUCGCCAAAACGUUUCACUUGGAAAAUUUAGGUAACUAUGCUUUAGCAUGUUUUAGUGAGAGGUCUCAUUGAMAUUAAAGACAAACAAACGAAAAAAAACAACCAAGAAAAAAAGAAUGAAAAAUAAACAACAAACAAAACGAAAACUCAAGCCAAGCAAAACAAAAAGAAAAAGAAACACAGUAUUUUUAAUAAUUAGAGAGAAUUAGAAAAAUUAAUAAAGAUAUACCAUUUUUGGCGAUAAUAGGAGAAAAUCUGUUGACAAUAACAUGAUUUARAAUGGCGGUUAUAAAAAACGCUGUGCAACUCAA